UUCUCCCACUUUCAAACCUCCAGUGGCAACUGAAUGCUUUACACUCAACUUCACUGUAAAUAAUUUGAUGUAUAGGCCACAGAUGGGCAACCCCAAGUCAAAGCUGUUCAGCUCAACACAAGGAGUCUUCUGUAAAUUGCUGGAACAGAUAUUGAAUACCAGCAAGAUUGGUCCAUAUUUGAUCAACUGUAGUUUAUCAACAUUAAGAUCUGUGAAUCAGGGCGAGAACACCGGCAUAGACAGUGUCUGCUGCUACCGUAAAAAUGCCACAGCUCCACCUUUUGAUCGAGUGAACAUAUAUCACAAAUUCAUAAAUGAGACCAACGGUUUCACCAAGAUGGAGGGGUACAAUCUGGACCCAAACAGCCUUUUUGUGAAUGAUUAUCAUGAAGAAUCACCUCAGACCACUCUUCCUCCCACCAUCAAACCUCCAGUGGCAACUGAAUGUUUUAGGGUCAACUUCACUGCAACCAAUUUGAUCUAUAGGCCACAGAUGGCUGAUCCAACAUCUAAGGUUUUCAGAUCAACACAACGAUCCUUCGUUAAAUUGCUGGAACAGAUAUUGAAGACCAGCAAGAUUGGUCCAUAUUUGAUCAACUGUAGUUUAUCAACAUUAAGACCUGUGAAUCAGGGCGAGAACACCGGCAUAGACAGUGUCUGCUGCUACCGUAAAAAUGCCACAGCUCCAAUUUUUGAUCGAGUGAACAUAUAUCACAAAUUUGUAAAUGAGACCAACGGUUUCACCAAGAUGGAGAGGUACAACUUGGAUCCAAACAGCCUUUUUGUUAAUGAUUAUCAUGAAGAAUCACCUCAGACCACUGUUUCUCCCACUACCAAACCUCCAGUGGCAACUGAAUGCUUUACACUCAACUUCACUACAAACAAUUUGAUCUAUAGGCCACAGAUGAGUAAUCCCAAGUCAAAGUUGUUCAGUUCAGCACAAGCAAUCUACGCUAAAUUGCUGGGACAGAUAUUGAAGACCAGCAAGAUUGGUCCUGAUUUCAUCAGCUGUACUUUAUCAACAUUAAGAUCUGUGAAUCAGGGCAAGAACACCGGAAUAGACAGUGUCUGCUGUUACCAUAAAAAAGCCACAGCUCCACCUUUUGAUCGAGUGAACAUAUAUCAUAAAUUCAUAAAUGAGACCAAUGGUUUUACCAAGAUGGAGAGGUACAGCUUGGACCCAAACAGCCUUUUUGUUAAUGAUUAUCAUGAAGCAGCACUUCAGACCACUGUUUCUCCCACUACCAAACCUCCAGUGGCAACUGAAUGCUUUACACUCAACUUCAUUACAAAUAAUUUGAUCUACAGGCCACAGAUGAGUAAUGCCAAGUCAAAGUUGUUCAGAUCAGCAGAAGGAGUCUUCUGUAAAUUGCUGGGACAGAUAUUGCAGACCAGCAAGAUUGGUCCUGAUUUGAUCAACUGUAGUUUAUCAACAUUAAGACCUGUGAAUCAGGGCAAGAACACUGGAGUAGACAGUGUCUGCUGCUACCGUAAAAAUACCACAUCUCCACCUUUUGAUCGAGUGAAUAUAUAUCACAUAUUCAUAAAUAAGACCGAUGGUUUCACCAAGCUGGAGAGAUACAACUUGGACCCAAACAGCCUUUUUGUUAAUGAUUAUCAUGAAGCAUCACCUCAAACCACUGUUUCUCCUACUUCCAAACCUCCAGUGGCAACUGAAUGCUUUACACUCAACUUCACUACAAACAAUUUGAUCUAUAGGCCACAGAUGAGUAAUCCCAAGUCAAAGUUGUUCAGUUCAGCACAAGCAAUCUACGCUAAAUUGCUGGGACAAAUAUUGAGCACCAGCAAGAUUGGUCCUGAUAUGAUCAACUGUACUUUAUCAACAGUAAGAUCUGUGAAUCAGGGCAAGAACACCGGAAUAGACAGUGUCUGCUGCUACCGUAAAAAUGCCACAGCUCCACCUUUUGAUCGAGUGAACAUAUAUCACAAAUUCAUAAAUGAGACCAAUGGUUUCACCAAGAUGGAGAGGUACACUCUGGACCCAAACAGCCUUUUUGUUAAUGAUUAUCAUGAAGCAUCACCUCAGACCACUCUUCCUCCCACCACCAAACCUACAGUGGCAACUGAAUGUUUUAGGGUCAACUUCACUGCAACCAAUUUGAUAUAUAGGCCACAGAUGGCUGAUCCCACAUCAAAGGUUUUCAGCUCAACACAACGAUCUUUCGUUAAAUUGCUAGGAGAUAUAUUGAAAAACAGUGACAUUGGACCUGAUUUGAUCAACUGUAGUUUAUCAACAUUAAGAUCUGUAAAUCAGAAGAGGUACACUGAAGUAGACAGUGUGUGCUGCUAUCGUAAAGCUGCUACAGCCCCCACUUUCGAUCCCAUCAAUAUAUAUCAGAAAUUCAUAGAUGAAACCAACCAAUUCACCAAGAUGGGACGGUACAAUCUGGAUCCAAACAGCCUUUUUGUUAAUGGAUAUUCACCAUCUACAACUGAUUCAGCUCCAGAUCUAGUAGGCUAUGAGCUUGGUUUCAAAAUUAUCAACAAGAACUUGACCAAUACAAAUCCGCUAUCAGCAGAAUAUAAGCAAUUGAUGGGUUCCAUCAGUAAUGAGUUGAAUCAACUCUUCCAACAGAGCUUCAUCAGCGAUGGAUUCAAAAUUUGUGCUGUAACUAAAUUAAGAAUUGGUUCCAUCAUAGUUGAUUGCAAGUGUUACUUCCAUCCUGCAGGGAAUAACAGCAAAGACACCAUCAAAAAUGUUUUUCAACAAGAGACCCAGAAUGCCACUUCUCAGUGGCUGGGUAGCAGGUUCCAAAUCAUGGGUUUCACCAUUGAAGCAGUAACUGAUAAGCCCCCACACAUGCUAAAGGUGAAGAACUUCACUGUAAAUUUCACCAUUACCAACUUGCCAUACAAGAACAUGAAGAAUCCAAAAUCAGAGGUUUAUCAGAAAACCAAAGCGAGCAUCAAGGAUGAGCUCAACCACCUGUAUCAACGCAGUGAUCUGAACAAGAGUUUUCUGGGCUGUUCAGUGAAAAACUUGAGACCCACUAGCAAUGAAACUCAAAUUGGUGUCAAUUCUAUCUGUGCAUUUGCAGUGGAGUUUGGUUCAAGGACUUUUGACAAAGACCUUGUGUAUGAUAUAUUUAAAAACCUGACUCAGAAUGCCACCCUAAUGGGGAAAUACAGCCUGGACAAUAACAGCAUAAAUAUUAAUGUGUUUCCUUCAACCAUGGCAACAGGACCAUCUAAACAAGAGCUCCCUUAUUGGGCCAUCAUCCUCAUAUGCUUCUCCGUCUUACUGGGUUCCAUCUUUUUCUUCCUUCUAUGUGUCUUGACUGCUGUGUGGGUGAAGAGGAGAGCAGGCAAGUACCAGAUCCAAAGGAAUAUUUUUGGCCUCUAUUUCCCAUGCAUGGACAUGCAAAAAUCAUAGUGGUGUAGAUUUUGGAAACUUGGCUCCUUCCCUGCAAGAAGACCCUUUUUGCAGAGUUCAAUCUUGCACAUAUUGUGCAACAAAAAUGUGUUUACCAUAGUUGGAAUGAACGUCUUGAUGAAGAAAAGAUACUGCAUAUUCUGUGGAAGACCACCAGAUUGAUAGAUUGAUGGGGUGCCCUGUCAUAUUAUUUAUUAUGUGUUGUGAAACUAGGAGUAUCUUUUCAAAUAUCUAUAAAAACUACAGAUUAGAUUAUUUAAGUGCCAAAAAAAGAGAGAUUUUGCCUGGAGCAUGGAUCAGUAUUAAACAAUUUGCAUUCUUUUGAGACUGCAAAGCAUCAAUGAAUUCUAUUGCACAUUAAAAAAAUGUAAAAAGAAAAUAUAUACUGAGCUGAAAUUAUGUCAUACUGUACUGUAGUAUACUAUACUGUAAUAUCUGUUUUGAAAAUAAUGUAACUUGGGUAGAAAUGAUUUUCAAUCCUUUUUUAGAUAUAUCAAAUGUUCCUCAUUUUUUACAAAUCAAUAAACAUUAGCAAGAAAAUGAAAAACAAAAUGAAACCUAAACUUCUACCAAGAAUCUAAAAUAACCUUUUUUUUAAGACAGUCAUGGUAUAUAUGACUAUGAACUCAAGUCUUAGAAUACUGAGUACAAGAAAAAUAUAAGUAUGAAGAAAUCAGCUUUAGUCAGAAAUGGCAUAAUUCUUUCUGCAUUAAUUUUCUGGUUAGCUAAAAUUUAGUUGCCACCAUCCCAAAAUGAUACAGUAUUUACAUCAAACUUAUCCUUCUCUUUUCAGUUCUUUUUCUAGCAGCAAAGUACCUUAGAUGUGUGGGGAUACAAUUACAGUAUU